AUGGAACCUCCUCCGAAACGUCGCAGGCCUCCUCUUUCAUGCACCGAAUGCCGCCGGCGCAAGGUCAAGUGUGAUCGCAAACAACCAUGCUGCCAUUGCGUUCUAUGGACAAGGCCGUGCGUCUACGUUGACAAAGCGAAUCUGUCGCAGCUGACCCAUCAACAAAUUCUUGUUGGCUGGUCGGGUCCAGAAACUGAUGGCCAGCCAAUUGACGGCGGCCCUCUUCCAAUAUCGAGAGAGAAUGAAGAUGUUCUACCUGGCAACGUAAUACCCAGUCCAACAUCUGCUGGAGACAAGGCUAUAAUUGAUAUCGUCACACGACUGCGGGCAGUAGAACAACUCGUCUCCCAUCGCACCGGUCUGUGCGAUGUAGAUGCACCUGGCUUGACCACCGAUGACCCUCAAGUCGCGAAGCAAGAUUAUAUUUCUCUUAACAAGUCCAAACUCUUUGGUGAAAGCCACUGGUCGGGUGCUUCUCAUGUUUUCCGUGGCAUCUCCGCCUUUUUGAAUGCAGAAUCCGACGAUGCCGAAGAAAACGAAGCGACUCGAAGGCUGAAGUUAGAAAUGAGAUCCAUCAUUCAGAAGUUCAAGGUGAUCAGCCGAAAUACAAAACCAUCUAGACCUGGGAGCAUUCUAAGCGCUCAGGAAAUCGGCAUCCCGUCCAAACAACUGGCGGAUCAGAUGACAGAAUUGUAUAUGUCGCGGUUCGAGUCGGUUUUCCGCAUUCUUCAUGUUCCAUCAUUCCGUUCUGAAUAUGAAGAGUAUUGGAGGGAUCCCCUACAGGCAUCUGAUACCCUUCGACUCAAGGUUCACUUGGUGAUUACCAUAGGAUAUAGCCUUUGUGAACCACCGAGCAAUCAAGCCGACCCGCUCCGCCACGAAACACUUCGAUGGGUGCACUUUGCACAAAACUGGAUUUCAGCUCCCUUGGAGAAAAGUAGAAUUACAAUCUCCGGCCUUCAAAUACAGUGCCUUUUAGUCCUGGCCCGUCAAGUUUUGUAUAUUGGCGGGGAUCUGAUAUGGGUUUCUAUGGGGACCAUCGUGCGAACGGCCAUACAAAUGGGCCUUCAUCGCGACCCAAAACAUUUCAAGAACAUGACGAUGCUACAUGCUGAGCUCAGACGGAGAUUGUGGGCUACAAUAUUGGAGAUGAACCUUCAAGCUGCGUUAGACGCUGGAGUUCCGCCUUCAAUUUCUUUCGAGGACUUUGACACCGAGCCCCCUUUCAAUGUUGAUGAUGAUCAUCUCUUUGACAGGGUCGGAAUCCUAGAAACAUUGGGCAGCGAAGUCACCACAGACACGUCUCUCCAACUGUGCCUCCUAAGGUGCAUACGGCCAAGGCUUGAGAUACUGCGGUGUCUAAAUUGGGCUAAAACAGAGGAUAUACAAGAAAAGGCACACUCUCUUAGCACCUCAAUAAAUAAAAUAAAUGAAGCAUGUCGCCAGUGCUGGUUUUGCAUCAAGGAUUACAGCGAAGGCAGUCGUGUCUUCAAGCGCAAUUUUGCGGAUCUUCUCCUCCGUCGUUUCCUACUUCCCUUCCAUCGCUUUUUGAUAGAUCACGCAGAGGAACGGUCACUUGUAUACUCUUCUAGAAAACUUAGCCUGGAUGCAGCUAUGGCACUGCUAUCCCCAAAGCCAAGCGCCGAAUUCACACGACUGACGAUGCUGGGUGGCGGAUUCUUCAAACACCGCUUGAUUCAUAUAUCCAUAGUGCUGUCGUUGGAGCUGCUCAAUGAAAUCGAAGAACACCGAGAAGACCGCAUCAUGGACGAACCUUGCCGAUAUAGAAGAUUGCUGAUCGAGGAAGUGCGCGAGGCGCAGCGGCAGUGGGCAGAGCGAAUCAAGCUCCGCGAAACAAACAUCAAGUUGCAUAUGAAGUUGAGCAUGCUGCUAAUCCAGGCUGAAGAAACUGGGCAUAAUAUUUCUAUUCAACAAAGAAUGGGACAGAGUGGCAAAGCAAGUCUGGAAAGCUGCUUUGCGGCUGUCCAAAACCGAGCACUGCCCGACUAUGGCCGAGGGGAAGGCAGAGAUGACCUUUUUGAAAUUGAAGAAGGGUUUCAGGACAUUGACGCACUGGAAUUCUUUAAUUUUGAUGAUAUAUGGGAGCCCAUGGGCGCUGACGUGGAGCGUGGAAUCGGAUUCAAUCUCACUUUUGUCUGAAAGAUUAGUUACUGAAGAUCAAGGGUGUUGGGAUCAACCAGUAAGGGAGAGCGUUAUUUAGGCCCUGUUGGCCACGCACGGCUCUCGGAUGAUAAGUAUACACUCGUGACAUUGAGAAUUUCUUGUUUAUCUCCGAAUACGCCGCGGCUCGGUUCGGUCUUUUGCUUGGUGUGAAUUCGUUAGGGAGCAUUGCCAUAGCUGUUAGC